AUCCAAUCCCACGAUCCGGCCACCUUGUUCGAUCAUUACCUGAAUACGUGUCCCCUCCAAGGGUCCAGGACUAUUCGAACCGAAGAGGCAUUGCUCAUCACUUUAGCUAGCCUGCGGCCUAAAAUCGUGUCUGUUCAAGCCAAGUGUACACUUUGAUCAUGGAGUACUUAGGCUCCAUCAACCAGGAGCUUCCGGCAUCCUGUGGUAAAAGCCAUCAUCCUCUUUGCAGUUACCUAUCUCAUUCCGGGGUUAUUCAAUUGUUUCUCCAAAGGAAGGCUCUGGUCGAACUCUGCGGGCAAAACCUGCGUGAAUCCAAAUUGCCCGUUAACCUGGUUGAGCCUGAGGUGACAUUGAAAUUCAGUGGGCUCUUUUCAAAGCAUGCCGGUGAUCUAAGUUUGGCUUUGUUGAACAUAAAGAGCGGCGUGUGUGUGAUAUUUUCUACCCAAACUCUCCUACCUGUAUCCACUAUUAUCGAAGUGAAGUCAAUGAAAGUGGGCGACUUUUCGAAUCUGGGAUACCGCCAGCUGAAAAUUCAAUUACGAUCUGGACAACCGCAUGAAUUGAACGAAAACAGUAGUGCCAAAGCUCAACCACAGGUGUCUAGCGUGCUCAGAUCUGAGUUGGAAUUGAUUCGAGACAACGUGCGACGAGCUAAAGUGCAAAUUUUGGACAUGGAUCGAGAACUCGCCAAGUUGAGUUGGAAACUCGGAAGCGAGAAUCCAAAAGGCGAUCCUGAUUUAGUGAGGAACAUCAUCGGUCGUUGUGAGGAUGCCAAUGAGAGUGCUCGCGAGGAUCGAACAGACUGGACGAUAACUUUCAGCGACCCUGUUUUAUUUCAAGACUGGGUUCUACUACCAAUGUGUGUUGAUGGAAUGGCCAUGGAACAAAAGGUAUCAGUGCAUGUGAUAUCUCCUCGGAAUCGAUCGUUCCAAGUGCUCAAAGAGGGUAACAAAAGCGGUCAAUGGACCAUCGCAAUUCAAGCGACGCUGAUAGUCGGAUAUUCAGGUCAAAUGCAAGGUUGUCUUCAUUGGAAAGUGGACUCAGGAUUCCGUCAACAGUUAUUUGAGAUACCUCGCCUUAAGAUCCCUCCGAUUGAGAUGACUAAAACAGCUUUGCGAGUGGCAUUGCCUUUCUUAAACUGCAUUCAACUCGGAUUGGUUAACCGUGCUGGAUCCGAUCUCAAAGACACCUUGCAGGCUCUUGGACUCGAUGAAAUUUCCAACGACUUGUUCGCAGAAUCAUCGAAUCGAUACCAUGGACCCGCAUUUGUAAAACUAGCUCAGCCAAGUGCCACUCAAAUUGAAAUAUUUGGGACGGAUUUGAGCCUACGGCUGAUUCUGAAACGGUUUCAUGAGGAGUGCUCGGACAAUUUCGUGAUAUUGCCUCUAUCAGCUUGGAAAUGCCUACAAGAAGGCCAAAAAGACAUUUAUAAAGUCAAUACUAGAUCUUUGAUUCAGAUUUGUCGAUGUAUUUCCGAUAUGUCACCGAUGGAAACCGCUUCUCAUCAACAAGCAAACCAGGCUUGUACAAAACAAUUGGAUAAAGAUCACUUUCAACUCCGUCAAAGCACAACCCAAGUAAAAAAUGAUACUUUUUGGGUGAAUGUCCAGCAUUUCGAUGAAGUUCUUAGCUGUAUUGAUGCCUUAAAGAUCACCCAUGAAAUUGAAUAAAAUCAAGCACUUCAAUGAGCAUUCCCAUUACAUUUCCUAAUUCGACCGCUUUCCCUUAUUUCAAG